AUGACACCAUUUUAUUGCCUGUGGAAAAAGGGGAACGAGCCGGUCCGAGGCCGCAUUCUUGACCUGCUGCCCCGGGAGGACUUGGCCUCCCUGCGGUUAGCCUCGUCCGCCUGCUGCAAUAUCACGACGAAGCGUCUAUUCAAGCGGAUUCACCUGACCUUUACGGCCAACACCUUCACCAAGGGCUCUCGGGUCCAGGCCCUGGCCCGGGUAGGCCAUCAUAUCGAGCACCUGGCCUUCUCUUUCCCGCACUCUCCCGCCACCUUCCUCCCGCCCUUGAUCCACCCGCUCACAGGCGCCGAGAUCUGCUUCCUUUACACCCCGUACACGUCCAUGGCCUCGGUCCUCGUCCGUCCGAAGUACGCCAACACCGAGCUCGGCGAGAUCCUCACCCAGCAAUACCCGCCCCUCUUCCACGCCGCCACCAACGUGCCCUCCUUUAUCAAUGCCCUUCGUCACCUCCCCAACCUCCGGCACCUCACCAUUCGCACCCCGGGACAGGAUCCUCGCGAACGCUAUCGCCGGAACGCCGUCGACUACGCUCUCAUUAGCCUGCGCAUCGCCAUCGAGAGGGCGCCGCUCACCCGUCUCGACCAUCUUUCCCUCGAACACGUCCACCCUUCCGCCCUCCACUAUCUCCGUCACUCCCCCGCCGGUUCCUUCGGCGCCCUCCCUUCCUCGCCGCGCCGCUGGCGCCAGAUCCGCCGCCUCUCGCUGGCCGUGGAGAGCUGGGACUUCUCGGACCCCGCCUCCCCCGGUCGGGACCACCUCCGGGUCAUCGACCACUACCUGCGCGGUCUGGCCCCGUCCCUGGAGAAGCUGUCCUUCACCUGGCUCGGGCUCCGCGGACCCUGCCCGCUCGCGCUGGCGGACGACCCGCUCUUCGCCCCGUCCCCGACGAGUCGCAAGCUGUUCAACGAGGUCACCAGCCCCAUGUCGCCACUCCCACCCGCACCGAGCCGCCGGCCCCUCGUCUUCCCGCGUCUGCGGCGCAUGACCGUCCGCAACGCCGUCAUGAACAGCCCGCAGCUGUCGGCGCUCGUGGACGUCCACCGGCCGACGGUGCGGGAGUUCGAUUUCGAGGACGUGGUACUCACGGACGGCGGGGCCUGGGACGACGCGCUGGCGCCCCUGAAGAAGGACACGUCGUCUUCCGGCAGGGAGCUGUGGUCCAAGUACGCGCUGUCGCUGUCGCGGAGCAGGUCCGACGCCAGCAACAGCAGCAGCAGCAGUCACCUCCUCCACACGGUGCCGUCGCACGAUGACCUGCCGUCGACGCCCAGCGCUGCGGCGGCUGCCGCUUCACGCGAGCUGCUCGACGAGAGCUUUGAGUUUGGUGGGUUGCCGCAGCUCGUCGACUUUGAGCUGGCUGGAAUGGAAGUGGGAGAUGGAGACGUCCUUCCCGACGGUCAUGGGACCUACGGGCUCGAAGACGACCUCGCCAGCGACAUCGCAGCGGCACGGGAGGCUGGCAAGGCGUUUACUGCGAAGCUCAAGAAGAAGAAGAAGCGGAGAAGAAAGCGAACCCCAGAAGAGCAAGAUUGGGAUGGGAAGAAGGGGGAGGCUGGGGAGAGAGAUAGUUCCUCUGGUCACAGCCACAGUCACAGUCACAGUCACAGCCACAGCCACAGCCAGGGCCACCUCCCCCCGAAACACCCGCAGCUGCAAACACAGCCGCCGACCAGGUCCGGCUCGCGAGGCCGGCAGUCGGGACACGAAGCAGUGACGGCUCGGCCUACAACGCCCCCGCCGCCCGUGUCGGAUAUUACGGCGCCCAUCAUGGACGGCAGCCCGCCGCCGGUCCUCCUCCAGCCGACGGUGUACAACCCGAACGGGCAAGGUGGCGGGGCCGAAGGGUCCGGGGCGGACGGCUUCCUGUCGUCGGUGCAGCGCAACAUCGAGCAGGAAGAGGCGCAGCGCGUCUUGGCGGAAGACGCGGCGGCGAGGACGAGCGCGUUGCGCAGGGCCAAGGAGGCGGUGCUGCUGAAGCUCUCACAGCAGUUUGCCAAGAAGCAGAUGCCUCCUCCUCUGAAGCCGGCGGCGAUGCUGGGACCUGACAGCUGUGCUCUGGGCUUGAGGCUUCGGGAGGGGAUGUUUGGCAGGAGCUUCGUCAGCGUCUUGACGGAUGAGAGGGCCAUGUCGAGUCAGUCGGCGCUGGUGCCACUGAUGUUUACUCGAACAUGA